CUCGUUUAGUUCACCCGCCGCUAUCCGACUGCUCGCGGUAUGUGCGACAGUAUCGCGCCGUCUGCCGUAUUGAACGUGUCGAUGCAUAACAUUUUACUUUUACAUUUACUUAUUACACUCGUCUCUUGUCUAAUCAUAAUAUAAGUACUAUUACUUGACUAAUUAUAUUGCUAUCUAAUCACAAACUCAUUAACGCCGUUUCAAUUUCUCUGAUAAAAUUCUUUAAACUUUACCUCAGUCUUUAGCCUUUAUAUUAACGAAAGUGGAAGCGACAAGUUAUACCAAAUAAAUAAAUUCAGUGGAUUUUAUUUAGAAAAAACCUUUAAAAGUUUUUGUAUAAUUGAAAAUUAAAGAUAUUUAUUUAAGUUUUGUGAAUAAAGUUUGGAGCAAUAUAUUACUAUGUACAUUGUGGAUGUAUGAGAAUAUAUUUAUACAUACUACUGUGCGUAUAACAGCCGUAACCGGUGCAAAAAAAGGCAUAACAUAAUAAGAAUAAGUAUAAGUUUUAAAUGUGUUGGUGAUGACAAGUUCCCUCUUUUCUUGCUUGAGGAUUACUUCACCUUGUUUUGCUCGGCGUUAUUGCCAUCAAAGAUCCCUACGGUCUUUAUAGUCAUCUUGUUACCACUUUUACUACUGACGAUCAUUUUGAGACACUGAUUUAAAUUAUUCACGGUUCAUUUAGUCCGAUCGGCCACGCAUCGCCCCCGCCACCUGCGCCUUUUUCUGGGCACCAACAACAGCAGCAGCAGCAGCAGCAGCAAGAUAUUUCACCGCCGAGAGGACCACGGACUCUUUUAUUACGCCGCAGCGAAAAUGGAUUUGGAUUUACCCUUCGCCACUUUAUCGUCUAUCCGCCCGAGUCCUGCUGUAUGCUGCCAGGACACGAGCGGACGAAAAUCGAGGAGCCAAUGGACACAAUUUUCGUAAAACAAGUCCGAGCAAAUUCACCAGCAGCUGAAGCAGGUCUUCGGACCGGAGACCGCGUCGUGUCAGUAGACGGCGUUCCAACUCGCGGUGAGCAGUACGCGAGUGUCGUUCAGAGAAUCCAGCAAGCAGAACCUUGGCUGCGACUUCUUGUAGUUUCUAAGGACGACGACUUUUUGCAAAAGUUUUUCGGUGACACUGCGCACAAUCCCGAGACAAAUCAACGACCAGCUCGCCUCCGAUCUCCCGAAAAGAUCUUACAGAAGCAGCGUAGGUCAAUGAGCAUGAUACCGGGUCCCUCAUCCAGAGCUCGACAAUCUUGGGUUUGCCAAACGCUUCCGGGCUCAGAGAACCAAGGCACGGGUUCUUCCUACCGCCUAAGAGAAGAAGCUCUGAAGGACCAAGCGGCGAACAAAAUGACGACCUCGGUGCCUAAUAUCCAGCGACGGCCGCUAAUUGAAGCUCGAAAUCACGAAAGUAUGUACAGCCGUACAGACGAUAGAAGCCAGCGGAGAUCGUUACCUCAGCAGCAAGAUAUCGAUUCCAAUCCCAUGGUCCAAGUGUAUCGAUCUCCAGACGCGAAAUUCCACCUAUACGACCGUACCCGUUCAGAGUCUAUUUACUCGCGGCCCAGCAGCGAGCAGAUCUACGACAAGAUCAAGGAUCCUAUUUACGAGCGAGUCAGACCCGAUUUAAAUACCUUCAGCAAGUCGCUGGACCAUCAGUACCCCAUGUCUCGCGCUGAGCCGCAAGUUCCUAUUUACCGUCCGGGAAGACGCGUCGUUACCCGACGCGCCAGCGAAGGCAGCGGCCCGAUUAAUGAUCCCGAAAUGAUCCCGAAUGAGGGCGGAAAUGGUGGAGGAGGACAGGGUUAUAGCAACAAUGAAGGGUUUCAGUCAGCUGGAGGAGACCCGGGGUCUAGAUUGAGUGUAGAAUCUAGGGAGAGACAAGAUUCGUCACCGCUUAGUAAAGACAGCAGUAUUUCUUCGUCCUAUGACUCCACUUCGACGCUUACUGGCAAUGAAUGUUCAGAUGAUUCAAUUAUGACGAGACUGAGAAAGAGUUUUGAACAGAAGGAAGAAUUUUUACGACGUCCCAGUCAUCCUAUUGGCUGGCUUUUGCCAGAUGAAACCGCGAGGAUUAAUUCGCAGGGUCAGGGGGUCAUUCAAAGGGAGUUUUAUGCCCGACCGCAAAAGCUUCAGCGGCAGGUUUGGCCGCCCAAUGAACAGCAGGGUCUACAAAAUCAACAACAACAGCAGCAGCAACAGAGGAAUAAUAGUUUAGAAAAAGCUAAAAAUAAUAAACCAAGUAACCAAAAUUUACAAAGAGUUAGGGGUGAUGUGGUUGAAAGCAAUGAUGUGGAUAAAAAUGGAGACCGCGAGGGAGCUCAAGCGAUUCGUGAUCGAUUUUAUUCAUCUUUGUAUGACACAAAUCAAUAUGGUAAAGAGAAUAAUUUUAGUAAUUAUUCUCCGGCUAGUGAAUCACCGAAUCGUAAUACUCCGAAUUCCUCACCGAGAAAUACGAGUAAUAAUAAGAAUACUUUUAUUACUACUCUGUCGAGGAUACAUGAAAAUGUUGCGCAGCAGCAGCAGCAACAGUUGGAGGAGCGACAAUUGGAUCAGCAGCAGGAAAGUGAGCUUAGAAAUGGGACUUCUUCGUUGCCGGCUUCACCUGGACCUGAUAAGAAGGAAAAGUUCACGGUGCCCCCGCAGGGCCUGCAGAUUGUUUCGAGAAGGGCUAAACAGUUUGAGUCGGGGAGGCUGCUUAGUGAUGAUGAUGAGCCGACUAGUGAUAGGACUAAUUUGUACAAAAGCGAGCUCUCGAGACUGUCGAAUAAAAGGAGUGUUCCUAAUGUGGCGGUUAGGAAACGCGAGUUUGAGUCUAAAGCUGAGUUUCAUGAGGGAAGGAGAAUUGCUGCUAAUAGAGAAAGUAAAUCGUUAGAUUCUGGCAAAGGGUUGUCGGGGAAUCGAAUAAUUCCUAUAGGCAGCAAAUACAUCCACUGCGUACCACCUUCGGGUUACAGAGAAGAUAAAGAAACACCGGCGAUGGAUAUGGAACCGGUUCGGUUGCGAGCACGAAGUAAUAGCGCUGAAUCUUGGGAAGCUGUGAACGGAGGAACGACCCGACGAGGCGUCAGACAUACCUGGCAGACAGAACCCGACGAUCCGGAGGGCGAAACACGAAACAGCAAGGCUAAGAGACAAGACAGCUAUCUUCAGGCUGUUAGAAACCACCUCGACCGAGGAUCUCACGUCGGACAGCAGCACGAAACAGCGAACGAGGAGCCAAAACCCAUGGAAUUGAAUUCGGUAUUUCCGGCAGCAUUAUCAGAGGCCAUAGCGAGAACAACUGCAAGCACGAUGCCGACCGUAACCAUUAGUCCUCCCCAGCCAGUUCGCCCAAAUCAACUUCCUAUCCCGAACCCUCUGCGGCCUUUAGAUACUCGAGAGAGCUCAUUCAAUCAUCAGCAUUUACCAUCAGAUCAGCAGAAUGUCGACGAUCCCGAGUCCACUGGCUCGAGCCUAGCCCCGGGGUCCGACUCACCAGCCAACGAAGUAGUUCUGAGGCGACAGAAAAAUAGUCAACUGAGUGAUGAAGAACGCGCUACCAGACGCGUUUCUUAUCUCAAAGCUACGUGGGGCGAACGGAUGCAUGUGGACAGUGAUCUGGAAUUGAGUGAUACUGAAUCGGUAGUUCAAGCAAUACGAAGCGUACACAGGCGAUGGAGACCGCCACUGUUUCCUAGCGACAUUACGCCACUUCGGCGAAUCUUCGAGGAUGUUACUCAAGCUGCAUCACUGCACCGUCACUACCAUCGUAACAGCAUCGCAAAUACACAUAGUAAUACCACAUGCAGCGCCGGGACGCCGAAGGACGUCGAACCGGUCGAGCGAGAAGGAUCCCUUCACGUCAAGUUUACUGUACUUGAUGGCAAGAGAUCUACAGACCGUUCGUGGAAGCAAGUGUGGGGCGUUCUUCGUGGCCCUAUCCUAUACUUUUACAAGGACCGUCACACUCAGAGUCCAUCAGCAACGAGUGAUAGUGACGUAGGACAACAUGUCGACGUGAGAUGUUCUUUGGUAGACGUAGCUGACGAUUACACUAAGAGGAAACAUGUAUUCCGUGUUGCUAAUACAAGUGCGGAAGUGCUUCUGCAAACUGACGACGCUGCAUCUAUGGCUCUUUGGCUGAGAGCACUUCAUAAGCAUGCUGCUGCUGAAAAGACUUCGGACGGCAAUUCAAGUACGACGAAACAGCAAGCAGUGCCACAAACACCUGGACCAACAACACCUAGUGGCAGCCCAGCUGGAGGCCAACGGCUAAGUCCACUGCCAGGUCACAAAGGCAUUAGAAAGUUAACGUCUUUCCGCAAUCGUUCGCCAACUGGUCAAUCACCUGUCAAUAAAACCCGCAAACCUAGCCAGACAGUCGAGCCGCUGCAGUCCCCGAAAUCUAAGACAUGGAAGGGCCGCGUUGCUAAACAACUAAGAAAGAUGCAUGGUCAGGCCGGCUCCCCGUCGUCGCCAACGGCGCAGUUACAGCCCGAGGGUGCUACUUUCAAAGUUCCGUUGGAAUUGUGCCCGGUGUCCUCGUUCUCGGAGUUCGUGCCGCUGAUUGUUGAAAUGUGUACUAGUAUCGUCGAAGCGAGGGGUCUUGAAGUUAUUGGAAUUUAUCGAGUGCCUGGAAAUACUGCAGCUAUAUCACAGCUUACUGAGAGUGUCAAUAAGGGCUUUGAAAAUAUUAACUUACAGGAUCCAAGAUGGAGUGAUGUUAAUGUAAUUUCCUCGUUAUUAAAAUCAUUCUUCAGACAACUUCCCGAUUCUUUAUUAACAGCAGAAUUAUAUCCAAUGUUCAUUGAUGCAGACAAAAUAGAAGAUCCCCAAAGAAGAAUGGCAACAAUUAGAAAACUUUUGAGAGACUUACCAGAGCACCAUUUUGAAACUCUCAAGUAUUUAAUGUUCCAUUUGAAAAAAGUUGUCGAGCACAGUGAGAUUAAUAAAAUGGAAGCGAAAAAUUUGGCAAUUGUAUUCGGACCAACUUUAGUACGAGCCAGUGGCUCGAGGGAUAAUAUGGUUACAAUGGUUACUGACAUGUCGCACCAGUGUAGGAUUGUCGAGAGCUUAUUGAACAAUGUCGAUUGGUUCUUCUGUGAAGAAGACUUAGACGACUUGAGUAGAUUAAGCGUUAAUUUAAGUCUUCCUGCCGAUGGCAGUGAAGCAGAAACAACAACCAAUCACAACCUUCUUCUCAACAAUAUUCAAAAAGUCGAAGGCAUGCGUGAAAUGGUCUCAGCUAAGGACAUUGUAUCUUCAAUCAUAUCCGCAGCUAACAGAAAGAUUCAAAGGCGGAGGAAAGGUCAAGAGGAGCAGGAGAGUGAAGAUCAUGAAGACGAAAAGACGAAAGCUAAGCAAGACGAAUCAUUGGGAGUAAUUCGGCAAAGUAUGGCGUUGAAUGAACGACAAUGCUCAGUGAGCGAAAUGGUACUGAUGCACGAGACAAAAAGUCAGCCAACGCAUACGAAUGACAACACAGUGAUCAGCAGCGCUAAUUCAAGUCCUCUGAACAGUUCUUCCAUAUCAAGCAGGUCCAAGUAUCCCGGCAGUACAUCAAUCCAACAGCAGCAACAAGAGCAGCAGCAGCAAUCUCAACUUUCUACGACUCUUAGUUUAGAUUCUUCGCGACUAUCUUGUGAUAUUGGCUCAGGCAGCUUGGAUACUGUCUCGACGAUCUCGAAUCUGUCAAACGACACGAAGCAGAGUAAUGACGAAGUGGCGAUACGUACGUACGCCGGGCUGAGUGCGACAACACAGGAGAGAAUCCGUAGGUUCGAGCAGGAGACAAAAGCAAUGCUGCAACGUGACCAGCAUCGCCAGAGACGCGAGGCGGAAAAACGGGAAGAAGAACGACGGAGAAUAGAAAUGGAAUGGCAACUUGCCAAGAGAGAGAUGGAGAACGAUGAUAUCCUUGAUGGGAUCAUAGAUAACACUGUUGGGGCACCUUAUCUCACUGAUCGAUUGUCCAAUUUAAACGACAGGCUUGCUGAGAGAUCUAGUGGUGAUAACGGUGCUGAUACUCAUAGGUCCAAAUCUACUACAAGAUUGACGCCAUUGUCUCUCGCUGUACAGCAACAACCCACUGCUAGGCAAAAAGCACUCGCUACUAAUCAACUUACCAGUCUUAUUGGUGAAAAAAUUAAUAAUGGGAUUGUCAAAAAAUUCAAGACUGAUAAAGAGUCAUCAAUGGAGUCAUUGGCACCAACUCGAUACGGCAGUUUAGAUUCGCUUCAUGAAGUCCACACAUCACCAUCACCAUCACAUCAAACUCGCGGCAUCCCCGGCGACAUCUCAGACGAUGCCGGAUCUUGUUUUCUUCACUGGACACAGAAGAUACUUACUAUAAACAGAAAGCUUGUUAGGCACACAGCAACCCCGAGUUUUUGGUGCUACAUAUCGUCCCAUCUACACGGUUCUGCAGGCGCCAGUAGCGCCUCCACGAAGACACCGGCCCCACAACCACCCGAACCCCGUACCGCCACCGACCCCUCAACCACCACCUGCUCUGCAGCAUCAUCCUCAUCAUCACCACCGUUACAACUCUCCGAGCCAAGGGUGUCAGAGUCAGGGCUCGGGGCCGGGCCGUCCUCCAAGACUUUGAACAAAUUCCUCAGAGGGAGCGAUCUCUUAACCAGUCUUACGUCGACGUUCGAUCGAAAAUGGAAAUCUCUUGUGAAUCCAUCGAAUCUGCUGGUAUCGUCUGCUGAGAACAAUGGUACUGCUAAUUCUUAUAAUAAACAAAACAACUAUAAUGAUAAUGAUUGUAACCAGUCUACAAGAUCACCUGAAGUUUAUCGUGACCCAAGUCUUCAUAAAGCUCAUAUUGAUAAAAAUAUUUUGGUUCGCACGAAGACCGAUACACUACUGGAGAAAGAAAAAAACUUGACGGUCGCCGAGAUAACAGAAAAAUCAAAAGGAGAAUUAAGCAGGCCGGAUAACGAUCGCAAUGUUCACAGAAAAACAUCUGAAACAAGUACAACAGCAACAGACUCAUCAGACGGUGGAUCACUUUUGGACGCAACUGAGAAAGACGAAAACCCAUCAAAAAUACCUAUUAAAUCAAAACGAUUUGAGACGAAAAACAAAUCUCAAGAAAAUGAAUCGGCAUCUAAUUCGCAGCACAACGAUGAAGCUAAAUCAAUUUCUCAAAAUGACUGCAACAAUCUGCAAUCAGAGGACAAGUCGAUAAUGGAUUCGUCGUACUCAAACAAGCUGGAAAAAUUUGAGAGCUUGAGCAGCCAAGCAAAUGAGUCGCGCUCUCGAUUAAAACGGUCAGAAUCAUUGAAUAAACGGACGGAAAUAGCUUCUUCGAAAUUGAAGCGCUCUGAAAGUUUGAAUAAACAUUCUGAUAGACUCGCUUCUCCGACAAACGGCAAAUUGAAACGUUCUGAGAGCUUGAACAAACACGCCGAGAGAUCAGAGUCGCCGAAUAUGAAGCUAAAGCGAUCGGAGUCGUUAACUAAAACAGAAAAAACCGAGUGCAAUAUCAGCAAGCGAAGACAAUCUGUCAGGAAAGAAAGCGCGACAAAGCUCAAACGAAAAAAUGGCAUGCCCGAGCGAUCGAUUAAGCGACGACACACUGUGGGUGGUACUAAGGACUUCGACAAGGUUCAUUGGUUGGAUAAUAAAUUACAAUCUGAGACGGAGCGAAUUAUUAAAAAUGAUAAUAAACCCAAAAAAAGCCAACUAAGAACUAGUUCACCAGAUUUAAGCAGUAAUCGCGUUAAUGUUGCUGACACAAGUUUCCUUAUUGAAGUUAGCUUCCGUGGGCCGAGUAAUGUUGUUUUUAACGUCACAAAUGCAAGACCACAGUCGCUACCCGACGCUAAUUUAGCUUCGAAAGUUUUCAAAGUACCUCUUGAAAGUCACGUUUAAUGUAAUUUACAUUACAAAGUUAUUUAAUUAUACACAAAAUCGAUUGCGCAAUUUUUUUAAUAGUUUUACGAAAAAUUAUUUUUUAAUACAUUUCUUUUACCGAGAUUUU